AUGCCUAGUAAAAGAUUUUACGAUAUCGUGUAUUAUAGCCCGAGUGAAUCAUCUGAUGAAGAUCAGCCACUGGUCACAUAUAUAUCUAAGGAUUCUAUCAAUCCACCCGUGGUAUCCGGUACUUCAUACCAAACACUGCAGCCUCAGGACAUUCAUCCAAAUAAAAUAGAAGACGGAGUUUACGUUUUAGUUAAAGUACGAAGCGAGAGGAAUGUUCUAUACACUUACGCUGGAGUUGUUAAAAGUACCGUCGACGAAGAAGGUGAUGUUCUGGUAAUGUUCCUUAAAACCAUCGAUGAUAGUGGAAGACUAUUUAGAUUGGUGGAGAAUGACUUAUCGGAUGUUCCAUUUGAUGAUUUGAUUGAAAUCUUACCUACUCCUAGGGUUGUUAGAAAAGGAAGAAGACAAUUUUUGGAGUUCGAAAAGCCACUGCCAGUAUUCGAGAAAUAA